UAUUAAGAUCACAGAGUAAGCAUAAUUAGGUUUUUUUUUAUUAUAUGUAACUUAUUCCUUAGUCACAUAUCAUAAAAAACCUAAUUAUACUCUUGUAUGUUUUAAAUUUACUUAGUGAUCUUAGUUAAUUAAUUGGACACGUAAUUUAACAAGACUCUAAUUUAUUCGUGUAACAAAAAUGCUACCAUUGUAUUUAGAAUAAAUCGAUAAUGAUAUUAGGACAUUACAUCUAACGACAAGGUUUUUGCGUAAUUUAGAUAAUGUGUUGUGCUUAGUAGUGAUAAUAACCUACUUUUGAGUCACAAUCUAAGCUAAAAGUCUUAAUUUUAAUGUAGUUGUCAUUACUUCGUACCUAUUCAGAGGACCAAUGAGUUUCUAAUGGUAUUUGUUCUCUAUUGUUCCAGGUAUGACUGAUGUGCAGUACAAUGAACAAGCGCUACUUGAACAACUGAUGGUAUGCGCUGAGUACGUAGACAAAGCAGAAAGGUAUGAACUCCUAGGGCCUCUGUAUAGGCUGAUUAUACCGAUUUAUGAACGUCGGAAGGACUACCAGGCUUUGCUCACUUGCUACCAACACCUAACUAAAGCGUAUGCCAAAGUCAUAGAAGUCAACAACUCUGGAAAAAGGUUACUAGGCCGAUUCUACCGGGUCGCCUUCUUUGGUAAAUCGCACUUCGGUGAAGAUGAAGAAGGUGUGGAGUUCAUAUACAAGGAGCCGAAAUUGACAUCGCUGAGUGAAAUUUCGGAGAAAUUGCAAAACUUCUAUGAACAGAAAUUUGGUGUAGGUCACGUGAAAAUGAUCAUGGAUUCAGCUCCGGUCAAUCGCGACGAACUAGACGCCAAACUGGCGUACAUCCAAGUGACGUGGGUGCGUCCGGCGCCGGAAGGCGUUGCCGUCACCGUGUCCGGCGAGGGUUGCUUCGAGCGUGUGCACAACGUGCGCCGGUUCGUUUUCGAGACUCCGUUCACAAGCGAUGGCGCAGCUAGAGGUCCAGUGCAUAAACAGAGGUUACGGCUGACUCAUCUCACAGCUGAAAACUGGUUCCCGUAUGUGAAACGCCGCGUACCAGUAGUAGAUACUCAAGUAGAAGAGAAGCGUCCCAUUGAAGUGGCCGUGGCUGAGAUGGAGAGCCAGGUCGCCGAGCUCGCGGAGAUCGUCAACGCCAAAGUACCCGACAUUAAGAAGUUACAACUUAGGUUACAAGGAAGUAUUUGCGUGCAAGUAAACGCUGGGCCACAGGAGUACGCUGACGCUUUCCUAGACCCUGCUUUAUCUCACAUGUAUCCAGACGAUUUAGUGGAUAAACUAAAGACUACGUUCAAAGAGUUCCUCACAGUAUGCCACUCGGCGUUACAACUGAACGCUAAGCUGAUCGGUCCCGACCAGAUGACAUACCAUGAAGCCCUAGAAACUAAUUACUACAAACUUAGUGAUUCCCUGUCCAGCGUAUUGGGGCAACCGUUACAGGACAUCCUCCUCAACGGCAAUCUCAGUACCACAGUCACUGGUGUGGAAUUGGAGAGCAGUAAUGCAUAAAUGUAUUGGUAUUAACUAUGUUUUAUUUCACUAAUUGUCGCACUAAGAGACGUCGUUGAGAAAAACAUAUAGUACUUAACACGAUAGAAAUAAAGGUAAUUAUUCAACGAAAAAAUCAAUGACAUUAGUUAAUUGACGUCUAUAUGCGCCACCGAGCGAUAGAAUUCUGAGGCUUUAAAAGCUAACAACAACAAAUUCAGUGAUUAUUUUAUUUAUUUAUUUAUAUAUUGAAAUAAAUAUGGUAUAGUGUUUGUUUAGUUUUUAAUACAUAUUAAGGUUGCCUAUUGGGUAACUGCUAUGUUAUGCUGUUAAAAACAACCUGGGAUUCGAAGUCGAGCACUGGCACGUCAUAGAGCUUCGAUGAAAUAAAUCCUUUAAAAUAGGCUUUGUUUGAAUGAACCUCUUUGCUGUUGCAGCGCUGAAUUGGGGCGUUACAGCGCUGAAGCGGGGCUAUUUUGAUAACAGAAUAGCACUGCUGUAUGUAACGAUCAUAUUGACCCAAUUUUAAUCAAAGUGGUUUUGGCACAACAAAUAAAAUUUGCAUGUUAUUAUUUAUUGGUAUUUUAGAAAACUCUGUAAACAUAUUACUGCAGCAUGCUAAAAUAAAUGUAUGUAAUCUCUCCAAAUUAAAGUUAUCAAUCAGUUUUCAAUAUAACAUUGUAUAUUAGCACACUCUAUCUAAUUUUAUGUGACACAUACAAUUAUUCUGUAAAAUAUAGAAAAUUAU